UAGGAGUACAAAUAUUUUUGUAACAUUUCAAGGAAAAUAAACCAUUUACUAUCAUUUGAUGAAAAGAAUUGUUUUUCGAACUCACAAAUGUUUUCGUCUGUUUCAUGUAAAAUGAUACUCCGUAUGUACAACAAAAUACGUAUAGGCUAGAGCACCAACAUAAGAUUCGUUGUAAUAUUCAAACGCCGCCUCUUCUUUUCUGUCCAACGAUGCAGGCAGACGGUGCACCGCCGGUGAGUUUGAAGCUCCUCAUCAACAAGAAGGAUAAAAAAGUGGUUUUCGCGGAAGCUGAAAAACCGUUCGUGGACUUCUUGUUCUACUUGAUGUCCUUGCCGAUGGGGACCGUCAUCAAGCUUGUGACCCAGAAAUCCAUGGUGGGUGCCCUCGGCAAACUCUACGGCAGCAUCUCUGACCUUAGCGACACGUACUUGCAGCCGGGCACAAACAAGGAUACCUUCUUGAACCCCAAAACUACCGUUCUGAUGUCUUCGGAAGUGCCACGUCUAAUGCCGCCGGCCGCCGGUUUCUCUGCGGUGACCAAGAAGGUUUACGCGUGUCCCAAGUACCUUUAUGGUACCGGCGGCUCUAGUAGUUGCCGGAACACAUUGCGAUUCACUGAUGACCCGAAAGCUGUGUGUCCGGGCUGUCACUCCGCCAUGAGCGCUGAGAUGAACUACGUCGCUCCGGUGACGGCAACGGCGGCAUCGUCCAGGGACGACGACGACCGCGGGUUUGUGAGGGGGGUUGUAACCUAUAUGGUAAUGGAUGACUUGAAGGUAAUGCCGCACUCUACCAUUUCCACCAUAACCGCUCUCAAUGAGCAUAACGUGAAGGACUUUGGAUCCCUUGAGGUUAAGGUCGUCCAAUUGGGUAUUGAUUCGGGACUGAAGUUGUUGAAGGCUGCAUUGCAUACUAAUUCUGUUCUCACAACCGUAUUCCUGGGGAAGUAGCUAUGCUUAAUUACAUGUUCGAGGAUGCAAUUGUUGUUUUAAUUUGAAGUUUAACUUUUGUGAUGUACCGUACCGUUAAUUCCGCAAGCUAUGGAUUUUUGCUUAAGCAUGCAUCAUGUAAGUUUUUGAACUAUCUUAUGAACUACUCC